AUGGCAUAAAAGAUUGAAAAAGCAGCUGCCUCUUUAAUUAGUAACACAGUUAAAACUUUUGGAUUAACUGAUAUCAUAAAGCAUAAAAAAAUUCCUUAUAAAAAUAUUUAUGAGUUAGCCUCUUAAUAUCCUGGAACAGGUAUUGGCUUCAAAUUCUGGAGAAAAACAUGGCCCUCAAAUAGUUUCUAUGUUUUAUAAGAUAUUGAUUUAAAGGGCACAAGACACGGUAACGCUUAUGGCAUAUUAUAUUGGAAAGGAAUUCAACAAAGCAAUACUCCUGUUAGAAUUAGAAACGGUAAUAAAAGAGGAGUAUGGAGAUAUGACAUUAAUAAUACUAGUGUUGUUCUCGAUAAUGGAUUAACUUAUAAUGCUAGCGAUCUCAGUGCUUACAAAAAGCAUGUUUAAAAGUCAGGUUAAGAAUCUGAAAAAAAUGAAGCUGAGUGA